AGUGUCAUCAUGGUGAACUGCUGUGGUCUUGUGUCUGAAAAAAAUGAACCAGUUCCUCUGAAGAGUAUCUCUGUGGAGCUGCAGAUCAAGGAUCACGUGGCGUCUGUCUGCUCGAGUCUGCAGUAUCUGAAUGAAGAGGAUCGUCCUCUGGAGGCCGUUUUCGUCUUCCCGCUGCCGGCCGAGGCCGCCGUCUGCCACUUCAGUGCCAAGAUCGGUGAUCAGGAGAUCGUGGCUGAGGUCCAGGAGAAGCAGAGCGCGCGGGAUCAGUAUGAUGACGCCGUGAGCUCGGGGCAGCAAGCGUUUCUGCUGGAAGAGAGUGAAGAGAGUUCAGAUGUGUUCAGACUGAGUGUGGGCUGCUUGUCUCCUGGUCAAAAUGCCUCCAUAACCAUCAUCUACGUCAUCGAGCUCAGCGUCCAGGCCGAUGAAGCGCUGCGCUUCUGUCUGCCCGCUGUACUCAACCCACGAUACAAACCAGCAG